AUGGAAACAGACUGUAAUCCCAUGGAGCUGAGCGGCGUGUCAGGAUUUGAAGAAGAAGCUGAGCUUAAUGGCUUUGAAGGAACUGAUAUGAAAGACAUGAGGCUGGAAGCCGAAGCAGUUGUAAAUGAUGUUCUCUUUGCUGUUAACACCAUGUUUGUCUCAAAAACGCUGCGCUGUGCAGACGAUGUGGCCUACAUCAAUGUGGAAACAAGGGAAAGGAACAGAUACUGCCUGGAGCUCACUGAAGCAGGGCUCAGGGUGGUAGGGUAUGCUUUCGACCAGGUGGACGGUCAUUUACAGACUCCCUACCACGAAACAGUCUACUCCUUAUUGGAUACGCUCAGCCCUGCAUACCGGGAAGCAUUUGGAAAUGCGCUCCUUCAAAGACUGGAAGCUUUGAAAAGAGAGGGACAGUCAUGA